GAAAAACAAAAGAAUUUCAGCAUUGCCAUUACAUAACCCUUGAUCAUUUUGUUUUGAAUUCUAUUAUUGCUGUUUUUUUUUUUGUGUGUAUGUGUUAACAUUAUCAGUAAUUAUAUAAAAUUGGAAAAGAAUUUGAAAUAGUGCGAAUUAGGUUUCUGGUUAAACCCAGGAAUGUCAUUAGAAAGGUGAAUUAUUGGCAGAGCAUGUGCUUCACAAAUUUGAAGAAGCCUCUAUAUGUGCAAAAAUAUUCAGAACAGAGCCGUAUUAUCGGAGAGAAAAAAGUAAAUUUGUCACGGAGAACAUAUAGGUAUAGUUGCUAUCGAAUUUGAGGAUACAUUGUUGGAGUUUUUUGUUCCCUCUUUGUACUAAUAUGGGUGCUGAGUGAUUCCCUUUUUGCCAAUCUAAAAAAUUUAGACUUCAAAAAUUAGGAUCAAAUUAUGUUUUUGCUAUCUCUCACCGCCCAUUUGAGUGGCAUCAAGCUUGUACAAGUUUGCAAGUAAUUAGAGACAAAAUAUUAUUUGCCAGGUCAGUUUGUAGUAUAUUGCACAAUCUUGCACUUUUUGUUUUUGAGUCUGCCUUGGAUCUCUUCUGUUGUCAUUGUGCAUGAUCUUGGACAAAGAGAUCUUCUCUUGAUUCUAGGCUCUUCCCCGACUGAUAAUGCAUGGGACUAGAUCAGGUAUAGAGAAGGAAAUUGGGGCACUGCAAUCAGAGGAAAAGAAGCUGGUCGCUGAAAUAAAAAGAACAGCUAAGACAGGAAAUGAGGCAGCAACUAAAGUUCUAGCCAGGCAACUAGUGCGGCUUAGGCAACAAAUAGCUAAUUUACAAGGUAGUCGUGCUCAAAUAAGAGGCAUAGCAACUCAUACACAGGCAAUGCAUGCCCAAUCUUCAGUUGCUGUUGGUUUGAAAGGUGCCACAAAGGCAAUGGCUUCUAUGAAUAAGCAAAUGGCUCCUGCAAAGCAAGCUCAGGUUAUAAGAGAAUUUCAGAAGCAGUCAGCCCAGAUGGAUAUGACUACGGAAAUUAUGUCAGAAGCCAUAGAUGAUGCCUUGGAUGAUGAUGAGGCUGAAGAGGAGACUGACGAGUUGACAGAUCAAGUGUUGGAUGAAAUUGGUGUUGAUAUCGCCUCACAGUUGUCAACAGCACCAAAAGGUAAAAUUGCAGGAAAGAACAAAGAAGGUGUCAGCAGUUCGGGCAUUGAUGAGCUUGAGCAGAGGUUGGCUGCUCUGAGGAACCCUUAAAAAUGACUGAAAAUCCAAGUAUUGAUUGUACUGUUCAGAGUUGAUUCUUCAAAGCGUUUUAUACUGUAUAUAUUUUCUUCUCCAGACGCUUAGCUUGUAAUUCUGGUUCCGUCUGAAAAUACUAUUUCAUUGGAUCGAUCUAUAUUGUGCCAUAAUGUCCCACUGACCCAAGAAUCAGUGGAAAUCAACGUUUUAUGGGUGGUUAAAGAUGUAAUUUGGUGAUCCAUAUUUAUGGCAAUAAGAUAACCGUAAGGUGCGAUUUGGCAACUGAA